AUGUUGGUAGGCGCGGAUGGGGAGAAGGCAGCUUCUAGUAAUUUAAAUAGCCCUAGAAAUGUUGUUCCUGGUUUAAUCCCAAAAAUAGAACAACAACAACAAAAUUUAAAUGAUUCCCCUUCCCCUUUUUUUCUCCCCACACAUUUCCCUGAAAUGCCUGGUGCCGCUAUGUUUUUUGGUGCUGCUGAUUUUAACCCUGCUCAUUGCUUUAAUGAUGGAAAUCCUAAGUGA